AUGAGAUAUCUAAAAGUACCAACGAUAGAAAAUGAUCAAAUUGAUCAAAAUGAACAACAAUUAUUAUCGUCAAAAAGCAGGCAUACCGUAUCAAUGCUAUGCUCGCCCACGGAGUUUUUCAACCGACAAGAUGUUCCAGCGAAUUCUCAGCGUUCAUCAUCUCAGCAACAAACCCAUCAGUUAUUUUCCCCCAAAAGACAACAUGCAUCAAACUUAAGUUUACCAACGGUUAGUGCUCCAAGAACUUGGAUGAAAAGUGAAGUAUCCAUUGAACGAAUGAAUUCUCCUCAUCAGAACUAUAACCAUAAAAGUGUGUGCUACCUCGAUAGAAUUCCUACAAAUUAUGACAAUAACUCGACACUGAUAGACAAUUCAAUGUCUAUUCAACGUUCAAUGACAACCACACCGGUUGUUGUCAGACUAUCACGUUCUUCAUCAUUUCUUUCCAAUUCGCCUUAUACGCCAACAAAUAAUACAGCUAUGGUUAACAAUAAUAACAUUGCUUCACAUCAAAAUAAAAAGUUUACAAGUAAACGUUUACUGAAAGAAGCGCAAUUAUUAUUGAGACGGUCAUGGCCGAAUCCAUUUGUUCAAGGCAGGUUACCAUUCAUUUUUCUUGUUGGUGUGGCUUUUUCCAUCUCUCAUGCAAUUAUUCCAGAAGAAGAACAGCAAGGAUUUAAACACCUUGCAGAGGUUUAUUUCACAUUUUUAUAUUGGUUAUCAAUAUUCUGGAUGUUAUUUUUUAUUGUCGAUAUCGUCCGUCAUCGUCGAAAAAUAAACUUAAACACUAAUAAAUCAAAAAGUGGUUCUCAUUUGAAUAUAAACGGUCCCGUUGGUCGUGGUGAUGUAAUUAAAAACCUUGUAAAAACAACACCAUAUUAUGGUUUAAAAAUAUUUGAUGAUCUUGAAUUAGAUGAGACACAUAACGAUAAUCAUUCUCUAAGUGAUCACCAUGAGGACGACGAUGACAACGGUGGUGAUUUAGAAAAAUCAUUAGAGGAAAUGUCAUUGCCAAUAAAACGAACUGUUCAUAACCAACGUUCGAGAGCCGCCGACGAUCGUCGAUUAGCAUUAGAUACAGGUGGGGUAAGUAAUCUUCGGGCAUACAUCAGACAUCGGAAAGAUAGUAUUGUACAACGUGUGAUUGGCUACAAUUAUGACGACAAGUCAACAGCUGGCGGAUUAUAUAUUCGGGUCGGAACAGGAAAACAUGCCGACCUAGAUACACACACUAGUAAUCAUUCAACAACAUACAUCAAUUACGAAUAUUUAAGAUUGAAACCGCUGUUAUAUCCUUGUACCAUAGAAUUUAGUCUUAUGUGCUUAACAUUAUUUUUCCUAAUUUGGGAAAAUGUAGGUAAAACAUUUGCCUACAAAAUGUCUGAUAAAGCAUCAACAAAGAAUGUAUUUAUGGUUAACUGCCACGCAUCAAUAAAAGGAUUAUUUACGGGAAUGAUUAUAUUUUCAUGCAGUGUUAUUAGUAUUAUUUUAUAUGCCGGUUUUCGAAAUAAAAGUGGUGUUGAUUCACAUUCGCCAUCAGCUGGUGAUUUGCGUAAAGGACAAAAUGUAUUACAACAACUGUCACAUGGUGAACCACCACAUAGUUCUAUGUUCAAUGGAAAAAUAAAUUACAGUAUAGCCAUCAUCGAAAUAGAAUUUAUUGAAGGAACUGUCCAUGCAUUUUUUAUUCUUAUCGCUUUACGUAAACGUUUAAAUCGAACGACCAAGAAAGAAUAUCCUGCGCGUGAAAUUAUUACAUUAUUAAUAAUGAUAGAUUUGAGUUUAUGGUUUGAAGAAACAACAACAACGACAAAACAUGAGGCAAAUCCAUUUCAACUGGAUUUUUAUCACAUCAUACCAUGGUCAAUUAUUGCUGCAAUUGCCACGCCAUUGCAAAUAUUUUUUCGUUUUCAUUCAUCUGUAUGUUUAUCUCACGUAUGGGAAAAUAUGUACACGACAAGUGAUGAACCCAUUGCUCAUCAUGGACUAUGA